AUGUGGGCCUUUCUAAUUCUUCAUAUCCUGGGACUAACCAUCUGUCAGGUAAGCCCCAGCAAUUCAACACAAAUUUAUAAUGUCAAACUGAGAAUAGAGAACAAUGCAAUCAAAAACGUAACCGAGAUACUGAAACCUUUUGUGAGCACCACCAGCCUGAACGUUGACGACCUAAAAAUGACAACAACCUGUCAGAGCAUCCCGAAAGGCACAACUUGUAACUGCGAGUCUGGCUUCAGAUGGAGCGAUAAAGUUUGUCAGUCUAGUCAGAAAUGUUGCGGUGACGAGCAAUGCACCUUCACCGGCAACUCAGCUAGCAUGUGUGUUUCAAACACAACAGUUUCUAUCAAAGGAUUCAUCAAUUUGCGCGGAGGGUAUGUCGACUGUCUGACAGAUAAAACCUCUGAAAAAUACAAGAAGUGUCAUGACAAAUUGUUAAAAGAGAUGAAAAAAGUGUACAGCACUUUGAAGGGAUUUGACAGCUUACAUAUUACCGAAUUCAGGGUUGGAAGCGUCAUCGCAGAAUUUGAACUUAUCAUCGCUAACGAGGUCAAUUCACAAGAGUUGAGUGAAAAAAUGAAACUUCUGAACGAAACUCUGUCAGGAUUCCUUGUCAUGGAGACUAAAGGUGUUGUCCAUUUCCACCCGCCGCCUAGCCCAGUGUGUUACAACGAUCAUCCCAAACUGAAAUGCACAUUACAGGAGGACCUGAAAGUGGAACCAAAGUGGAGGCUGAAAAAUGAAUAUGAAAAAGUGUUUGAGAUAUUUAAUGGCACAGAGUCAAGGGUCCAAAUAGCAACAAUGGAAACCAGUGUCACACUGAACAACAUAUCCCGACGCUGGACAGGAGAGUAUACAUGUACCUAUCAUCAAAAGUCAGACUUAUACAACAUAUCUCACAAAGCCAGCACUGCAUUGGACAUAUCCCUCCUGCCAGACAUUGACAUCACCACUGACCCACCGUUUCCACACUGCCGUAAAAGUUCAGAUUUACUAAACAUUAAAGUCAAAUGUGAGAUAGAGAGCAGCCAUGAAAAUUACACUGUGUCAUGGGGCAAACACAAUGUCCUUGGAGAAAUAAAACCUGCAAGUCGUCCUGGGAAAACUAAAGGACCUGAAGUUCAUGCAGCUGAUACAAUCCUUGUGUGUGACAAAAGCAAAGACAUGCCAAAUAUAUGGUGCACUUUUAAGAACAGGUGCAACGAAAGCAGAACAGCCUCAACAGAUAUCAAUAUCAUAUAUGAAACCGAUCAGUUCUGUGAAGCUGACGGUGAUUGGUUGGAAACCAAAGCUGGAUUCACUGCAGUGUUAAAAUGCGCAAAUGCUUCUGGACAUCGAGAAAGGGAAUGCAGUAAGAGCCCUACAAAGGGGGUAUGGAAACCAGAGUUUUCAGCAUGUGUGAACACAGAAGUGAAUGAUGUGCUGCAGCAAGCAUACAUUGUUGACACUGGACUUGGCUCACUAGAUGCAAAUGCUGCAGAUGUGUUUUCCCGCCUUUCACAAGUCACUGAUGAGUCAGAGAUCAUCAGUGGCUUUGCAAACAUGAAUGCAUCUGUUCAAGUCCUCUCCAGUUUGAGUCAAAAGCUAAACGACAUAAAUAAUGAUUCAGUAAGGAAUAACUUUCUGGAGUCAUCCAGCAAUAUGCUGGAUAGAUCUCUCAACAACUCAUGGAAGGCAAACACUAACGAAGGCAAUAAUUCAUUGGCUGAGAGAUAUCUGAGUUCUGUCGAGCACUUGAUUCAGAUAACAAAUGUAACAAAUGCCCCUGAAAACAGAAACAUAAGGAUAGCUGCAGCCAAUUGCACGCAGAGCUCAAAAUGUAGCAACAAAGUUUUUAAUGCCAGUAUCUUUCUUUCUCCUGCCGACUCUGGCUUUGUAAAAACAGCUGGGUUUAAAGAACUGGAGAACUAUUUGCCCAACAAAGAUCAAGGAUAUGAGCCUAACAGCAUUGUUGUGUCAACAACUGCUGAAAGGGGACAAUUGGAUUCAGUUGAGAUUAGAAUCCACUUUCCAUUGCACAGAAAAAGGCGUCCCCACACAUUCAUGAGGUGUGUCUACUGGAAUAACAACACUGGAGGUUGGUCAGAUGAUGGCUGCGAAUGGGACGGUUCCUCCAAUGAGGGACUUUGCAUUUGCAAACAUUUGUCUUCAUUUGCCAUUCUUAUGUCAAGGUAUCCAGUGAAAGUCCCCUGGAUAACAGAGGUUACCUACGUUGGACUGUCUGUAUCAGUCGUGUCACUCAUUAUCAGCCUCGUGGUAGAACUGCUCGUCUGGAACACUGUAGUGAAGACAAGUACUUUGUAUUUGCGCCACACUGCCCACGUUAACGUUUCUCUAUGUCUGCUAGUUGCAGAUAUCAGUUUUUUAGCAUCCUCUAAGCCCAGUGAUAUUUCAGAAAUGUGGUGCAAGGUUUUUGUCGUGUUAAAGCAUUUCUGUUACCUGUCCAUGUUCUUCUGGAUGUUUUGUCUGAGCAGCAUGCUCCUUCACCAAGCAACUUUUCUGUUCCAUAAUGUGAGCAAGAAAAUCUACCUGAGGUUGUCACUCUUCCUGGGCUAUGUGUGUCCUUUGCUGAUUGUUGUCAUCACAGUUCUUAGCUAUAAGGGUGGUGCUGAAGGCGAGUACUUCUCCCAUGAGACCUGUUGGCUGCGUUACACUGGACUUAUGAAAGGGUCCAUCCACACAUUUGUCGUACCAGUCGGUACCAUUGUCAUAUUCAAUGUGUUCUCCAUGCUGGUGGUGAUCAUGAAGCUUUUGGAUCGCCCUCCGAAUACAGAGCGGUCCAAUGAACAGGAGAGAAAAGCUGCCCUAACUGUCAUUAGGUCAGUUAUCCUUCUGACUCCAAUCUUUGGUGUGACUUGGAUUUUCGGCUUUGCCGUGAUGCUUCUUGACCUCACAAGUGGAACCGUGGUCUUCGUAAUCAAUUAUGCCUUUACCCUGCUGAACUCCUUCCAGGGUUUCUUCAUUUUGUUGACCACAUGCCUGGGGGACAAACUGCCUCUGGCAUCGACUACUGACAGCACCAUCAAGUUAGACUCAAGUGGGAAGAAGUAA